AUGGGCUUCUUGAGUCCUAAUGCCAAGGACCACUUGGUUUCGUCCGGGGGUGAAGGGUUUUCCCAAAACCCAAUCAAGUGCGAACUUAGGGUUGACGACGGGAACAACCUUGCAGAGAAGAUCAAACUCGAAAGGCUAAACAAGAGUAACAAGUUUAAGACCAAGUACGACCCGCGAAUCACGGCCAAAUAUGAUAUCAAAGCACUCAUAGGCAAGGGGACGUUCAGCAAGGUGGUUCGGGUCGAGAACAGACUCACGAAGCAACCUUAUGCCAUCAAGAUCAUCGAGUCCAAGGAAGGGCGGGAGGCAUUCGAGGCCGAACUGGCAAUAUUACGGCGUGUGAAGUGCCCCUAUAUAAUACAGUUAGUGGAGGUGUUUGAGAGUGUGGAUAAAAUAUACAUGGUGAUGGAACUCGCCACGGGUGGAGACCUCUUUGACAAAAUCAUGACCAAAGGCCCUUUCUCGGAGAGGGACGCGGUUAAGGUCCUCAAGAUGGUGCUGGAGGGCGUGAAGUACUUGCACAAUCUAGGCAUCACUCAAGGGAAUUUAAGCCGGGUUAAAAUUGCUAUAAAUUUCCACCCCGGGAAAAAAACCAGACUCAUGAUCACGGACUUCGGUCUGGCCCACACCAGGAGGUCGGCGGAUGACCUGCUGAUGAACACCAUCUGCGGGACUCCCGAGUACAUCGCCCCGGAGAUGGUGGCCCGGCAGCGCUACACCAACGCCGUGGACCUGUGGGCGGUGGGCGUGAUCACCUACAUCCUCCUGCGGGGCGACUUCCCAUUCUUCGACGCCGACAGGAUCCGCCUCUAUAAGAAGAUCCUGAAAGGGAACUACAACCUGUCGGAUGAGGUGUGGCAAGAGGUGAGUGAGAGUGGACGUGACUUUGUACGGGGUGUGCUUGAGGUGGAUCCUCAGGCGAGACUAACUGCAGUGGAAGCUCUGCGUCAUCAGUGGAUCUUAGCCAAUCACUCUCCAAAGACGAGACAGGCAUCAUCUCCUGGAGGGUCAUGGGGCAGACGUUCCUCAUCACGUUCAUCACAUUCAUCUCGUUCAGCAAGAUCAGCAACUUCUUUGCGCACAGAUCGAAGACGUGUCAAACCUCAGGAAUUAGAGAGGCUCAACCAGACUGGAAAUUCAUCAUUAACACACCCAACACAUCGUGCUGUCUAUAUGUCCUGAGAAAAAGUGUUAUAUUCUAAAGAUUUUAAGGUAAAUUUCACAAUAUAUUUAUAACUGUCUGAGGAUAUUUUCUUUUUGUGAACUGCAUUUCAAUUGUACUAAGUAACAAGUGAUUUAUAAUAAGACAUUGGUUAUUAUAUGAUGUUGAUGUGCAUUUAGAGCUAACAGUAUUUGACUAGUGUUUUGUUUGUUGCCAUAUACUCUAUAUACAUACAUAUACAUCCAUAACUAUUUUGAUUGUGAAGAUCUCUUAGUUGGUGCAGUUGUAACAUUGUUCUGUAGUACAAAUUACAUCUCUGAGAUUGUUCCAGUGCUAAAGAUGCAACAGAAACUCUUACAGAAUAUGAAUUCAAAUAUUGUGAAGAAAGUUCUUGUAUUAACUAUAGAACUGAUUGUGUUUGCUCUGAUUGUACAGUGCAAAAUUUAUUGAAUUUCUCAUAUUUAGUGUUGGUAUUUGUGGAGUUAUUACUCAGAUAUUAUCAAAGCUCAAAACUAUUACUGAGACAUUUUGUUUAUUUCAAGUCUGCUCCUGAUGCAUUUAGUACUUAGUGUUGUGGUUGGCUUGAACAGUAUUCCCAGCAUUAUAUCUGGAUUUUUAAAAAAUGUAUCGAGAAGUGUUGGCAUAAAUGUCUCUGCAUGUAUGUUUGUCUGUGUGUGGAUGUGUGUAUAUAGCUAGUUUUGAUUUAGAGAAGGAAUAUUUUUUUUUAAAGAUUAUAUUAAUAGGCUAAAGGUUAUAGUGCUAUAUAUAGGAUUUGUUUUGAAUAUUUUGUAAAUAUUUGUAAAGAAAUGAAUACUUUUGAAGGAAUUAUUAAUUUUGCAAAUAGCAUUAAUGAAAGUCACAAGAAAAAAAGAGGAUCAAAUACUAUACUCAUUUCUAGUAAGAGGAUGAUAAUAUGAUUUCAUUUUGGAGAGCACUUGGGAUAGUCCAAGAGGUUCUUUUAAGAAACCAGACACGUCUAUGUAGUAUUCUCCCUUUUUUGGGGGCAGUGAAUUUGUGUAGCAGAUGGCUCCAUAUUGUCUCUUUUCUUUGGUUAUCAAUGAUUAUUUCUCUUUAAAAUGGUUAAAUUGCUGAAAGUUAAGCCUGAGCCAAUGUAUUUUAUUGUAUAUUUGCAGUGUUGCUAGAAAUAAUAGUUACCUUAAGCAAGAAACACUGUAGAUCUAAGUUAUCUGAAGUUUAUUAAAAUGAAGAAAUAUAUAUCUUAAAUUUUACAGAAAUUACAAAUAUAGAGUUUAUGUCAACCCUGACACACUGUAUUCAGUCAUGGGUAAAAGUUUAUGCUAAAAAAACUCAAGUAAGUUGAUGAGAUUAAUGUUUGUAUAAAACAGUGCAAAAGAAUUUAUUCUGAAGUUGGCAAUUUCAGCCUUUAGUUUAAGGUAUAUAUAUUUAAUUUUCUUUAAUAGUGCUGAAUAAUUUUCUUUUGCUGACCAUAUUUUUAAUUUUGAUACCAUGACUAUCAUCUUAAUUUGAAGAGGGAAAAAUAUGGAGUAUGCUAAAUGCAAUUUAUAUUUUUAAUUUUUUGGUUAAAGACCCCUUAUUGCAGAGGUCUUUGAGACCAUGUCAUUUUAUAUUUUAAAUGAUAUCCAGUUAAUUUGAUAAAACUACUGAAAUAAAUGUGUGGAUCCCCUCCAUCUCAGGCAUUAUUCUCUUGCAUUGAAAUAUACAUUUUAAUAUGGGUUUUCUGACAAAAAUCUGGAUAUUAGUAUACUCUUACUUUUCUUGUGAUAUUCCUUAAUGUUAUGUUGUCAUAUUCCAUGUUACUUCUUAAUGUUAUAAUUUCUCCCAUAGAAUAGCACUUUCUGUAAUGCUCAUUGAAUGUUGGUUUGAUUUUGUGACUUGUUUUAAGGACUUGUUUUAAAAUCUUGACCAUAUUUUCAAGUCAGUUAAUGGAAUUUACGACAUUUGUAUUGCUAGUUUGAGUCUCCAAAAGAAGUAAUUAGCAUAUUAAUAAUUACUUUCAUUGGAUUACUGGGCUGGUGACAGAUUAUGAUUAUCAUCUUAAUAUGUACUCUGAUAUUCGAUAAAAUAGAUCAUACUCAUUGAAGCUGACGUAAAGUGUUUGAGAUUAAUAGACUAAAUUAUUUUUUAUGACCUCAAUAUUUAUUCACAGUAUCUCAGAUAGCAAUUAUAAGUUGAACACAAAAUGAGUUUGGUGACUGUGCAUGAAUUACAUAACUAUUUUGAAAGCUACAAAAAGAUUAGAUUAUUUUUUUGUCUUUUUUAGUUCCCCCUUUCUUAAUAACAGAUGUAUAUGUAUAUAUAAAUAUACAUUUCUAUUUUAUUUGUAGAGAAUAUAUUGAAAUACCUUUUUGAAAUUGGUAUAAUUUAUUCUUAACAUAUAGCAAAAUAAGUUUAUUUUGUAUUUAUUGCUGAUCUAUACUGAUAUUCUUUUCAGUUUGUGUUAAGGAUUUGUUUCUUCAUAGAUAAUUGAUAGGCCUGAAACUGAAUAAAAUGAUUUCCAAAGAUUUUUGGUAUAAUCGAAAAAUACUAUUAUGGCUUGCAGUAAUUAACUGCCUGGCUGUGCCAGGUUCAGAAUAUAGUAUUUUUAUUUUGUGUUAGGUAUGGAUUAUUUUAAGAGUAUUUUAUUUUAUGAUAGUAGAAGAACUUAAUAAGUCAUGUGUAGUACAAUAUUUAUCAUCUCUUUUAUAUAGUUCAAGAUAAAUUGCUUGAAUUUUGAAGGAGAUAUGCAUUACUAUUUUACAAAUGCUAUUCACUAAAUAUUUAUUUUUUGUGAACCUAAACAUUUGGAAAUAAAACUUGAAUAAUAUUGUA